AUGUCCACUUCUUCUGGAGACAAAGUGUUCAGUCCUGCUGAACUGACCAGGUACAAUGGUACCAAUGACAGCUUGCCGAUCUAUCUCGCAAUCAAGGGUGUCGUGUUCGAUGUCACAACUGCAAGAGAUAUGUACAAGCCGGGAGCUGGCUAUCAUGUCUUUGCUGGAAAGGACGCUUCAAAGGCUCUGGGUAUGAGCUCGUUGAAACCUGAAGACUGUAUUGCUGAUUACUCUGGACUGGAUGCUGAAGAUAUGGACACACUCAACAAGUGGGAAGCUCACUACAGGAAGAAAUAUACUGUUGUCGGACGUGUCUCUGUUUCUGUGAACAAUUUUUGUCUCUUCCUACCACCAACUGCAAAUCAGUCAAUCUACGAUUCAGAAGGGUGUUGUGGAAGUUCAUGGUGCACGCGCAAGCCAAACAAUUGUGUGCAGUCGACCGAUGCUGUGGUCUUCUGUACCAACCCGAGCAUCGCUCCAGGAGCUAGACAGAUGCCUACAAACUUGAUCAAAUCAGCACACUUUGUCAAGAGUGCAGAUGGAAGCACCGUUCAAAUCACAGGAACUCUGAAUGAAGUGUGGCUUCAACCUGGAGACUUUGGCGGACAGUACGACUUCACGGGAACUGGUCAAUGGCAGGUCAAUUCACCACCUUCCGGAAAGAUGUUGGAUUACGCCGAAUACGUUUCCUUAGAAACAACCAGUUUUGCAUCCAAGCUUGUGCCAGCACAUACCCAGGAUGUAACAGGCGACUAUGGCCCAGGCUUCGACACCGGUGUUGCGGACUCUCUUCCUCGACAAUUGUCACCCAACCCUCAGAACACUAAUACCCAUUCAUCCUUGAUUCCUGCUCCCACAUACGUAAAAACUCUAGUUCCUCCACCGCCAAGUCAAGGAUUGGACUGUACUACCUGUGUCACUGCUCCUGUUAUAGUCGUGGUUGCAACUGCUACUACGACCACCACUACUAUUGUCGCCACCACUGUUCCCGUCGUAGCCACCGCUACAGCUGCUUCCAAGAGUGAUGGCAUUCGUGUUGGAUCUGGUUAUGGUAGCAGUUUGGUUGCAGGAGUUUUGCUUCCUCUUCUAGUCAUCUAA